AAACCACUCUGGCUAUGGAAAUAAUGUAGGUACAUUUAAUACAAUUCACAGUUGUGUUUUCUGACACUGCGUGUAAUAUGUCGGAGCAACGAAGGAAGUCGGACAAUACUCUUGACGGGGAAGAAGAUCCGCCUCUUAUCAGCGCGGCGCCUUCCAUCCUGCGAAAUGUUACUGCUUCGAGGCAGCUGCUCGCGGAGGCAGCCUCCAUAGUCAUCUCCUUGCCGGACGAGGACAGACCAAGCUCGCCUGACGAGACCCCGGAGCAGCGGCAUCGAAGAAGGAUCAGAUUCCUGGAGAUGCGGCGGGAGCACUAUAGUCAAAUGCAUCAACAUACCGAGCAGUGCACCAUGUCGGACGACGACCAGCAGGAGUUGCCCAACACAAAUCCACCGGGGAUGGAGGAUAAGAAAUAGUCUAAAUACGAACUAAUCAUGUUUUGUACUACCCACAAAACCCCAAUAAAAAUAAAUA